AUGAACAAGAAACUAAGAGAGGAAAAUGAAGCUGUGAGAGCAGAAAAGCAGGAAGUGAUGAGGGCUAUGCAGCACGCCCAGCAGCUGCUGCUGUGUCAGACGCAGACAGUCAGCAGAGUCGAUCUGGAGAUGAAGACACAGAGAGAGCAGCAGCAGGCCCUUAAGCAGGAGCACCGGGCGAUGCGGGAGAAAAGCAAGGCCCUGGAAGACAAGGCGGGCCGACUGAUGGAGAGCUACACGGCUUCACAGAACAGCUGGGACAAAGAGAAGGCCAUGUUUCUGGGUCGCAUCAGGAGUGAGCAUCAGGAACUUCAAACUGUGAAAGAGGCUAACGUCGAGCUUCAUCAGAAAAACUCUGAACUGUCCUCACAGGCUUCAGUGCAGGCUCAGCAUAGAAAGGAAUUGGAGAUGAGAGACAUCAGUCCGAGCCACAGUGAUUCUACAGAGGUCUUCUCCACUUUAGUGGAGGGAAUCAGAGGAGAGGAAACUCUUAAUGAACCCUUCUCCAGCGCAGAGCUUAGCUCUGGCAGCUUGCAGCACUUGGCCUCCAUUCAGACCAGAUACCCAGACUGUCUGGAGGACAGUGGAGCUGCGACAGAGAUAGUCACCACUGGAGCAACUGGAGUAGUUGCUGUAUCAAGCCCCGUCCACAGGUCUAUUGAUGUUUCUGUGGACUCGCAGAUCGAAGAGGGGGAAAGAAACGAGGAAGAGCAGUGUAAUAGAGAAGAAGUCCAAGGAGAAAAGAGAGGAACGCUCAUGGCCCAAACAACAGAUAGAGCCGACGGAAGAGAAGAUAGCCUGUUCUCAACAGAAGAUGCAGGGGACCCCCAAACAGAAACAAACGAUAUAGCAGAGGGAGAAGAGACAUGUGGAGCGGAGGAGAGAGGAAAGACAGGGCUGCACACAGCAGAAAUCCAGAUACGGGUCCAGACGACUACUGAUAUGACUAUGGAGAAGAGCAACACACAGCAGGUUGUUGACUCCAUGGACGCUGAGCCACCUCUGACUGACUGUGAGCCCUCAGACUGCUCUCACAGUCUUCCUCAGACAGUCAGUGAGAAGGAUGCUGACUACAGCCAUAUGAAGAAAGAAUAUGAGACCAGGAAAGAAGGACAUUUGGUCUGUUCUGAUGAGCAGCAAAGUCUCGGUCUUGAGACAAACGUAAAUCAACAAAUGCAACGUCUCGGUCAUAAUGAGGUCCAGACCUUUGCUGAGUCACUCGCUCAUCCGCCAAGUCCCAUUCCAGUUUUUGAGAAAAAAACGGAAGACAAAAUAUCCGAGAUAUCAUCAGCCAAUAAACCCACUGAUCUUUCUGUACCAUUAGCUGCUCAGUUGGAUGGUACUGUCAGUAUCCAAGAGUCGGAGCGAGUUACAACACAAGCGAGUAACCCUUCUGACAUCACUAGAAACAUGAAGCUAACAGAUGAAAUUGGUGAUACGCCUGUGAGGGAAGAAUGUGUGUUGGUGACAACAGAGGUUGAACAACAAGCAUUACCUCAAAGUCAGGACAUCUCAGAGCAGAAUGUACAGCUGAAGUCUCCUGUAGCCAAUGGUGAUGAUGAUGGUGAUUCAAAUGCAUGUAAAAAGAAGGAAGACCAGUCAAAUGCUGAGACACUUGAUAACAUUGAGGAUCCUCUGGAAAAAUCUAAUUUGAAGGACAUCUGUGCUGAUAUCACAAUGGGAACUGUUGACCUUGAAUCUCAGGUUGAGACUCUUAGCUGUCGGGAGCAACUGAAAAAUGACAAAAUAGAAGAUGCAGGAGAUGCAAAGAUGACUACAAGUCAAACUGAUUUGAAGCUGUUCAUCCAUCAAAGUCAUGGAAGUAAUGCAUUGCCGGGCAAUAGCAGCAUAAAUGUUAAUGAAAUGCUGCAUGAGGGUACUUCAGAGUUGUCUCUGUCCAGCAAUACGACUUACAGGUCGUCCUUGGACUGGGCCGGUGCUAAGAGAAAAAAUUCAGAAGCCUCCACCUUACAUCCGUCUGCUCAGGGACCUCCUAUGUCUGAACAGAAUACAAGUGAUUCCAGUGGACUCAGACACUGCACCAUACCCUUGUUUCUCAAAAGCAAGCGCACCAAAGUCCCCUUGGUGAUUAGCAAGGUGUCGGAUCUGUUGAAUGCCUCCAGUGUCACUGGGACUGCAGCGUCCACACAGAGACAACAGCAGGGAGAGCGGAAAGAUUCGGGAGAGACCUGCAAAGAGACAACAAACAUGGGGAGCAGAGCUUCUCUGUCCACUACUUCAUUUCCAGUCAAUACUUCUACAGCAGUCAGCAGACUGUCAUGGCAGAACACCCCAGGGUGUAGCAGAGCUCCCACCUCAGCUGCAGGUCCCAGCACAGACGGGGACCUGUCCUGCUCCCAAGAAAGGGAAGACCAACAGGCAUCGUUCAGAACCCAGAUCUCCAAAAUCGAACAGUUCCUCAACACAGAGAGGCUUCGUCUGCCCAAAAGACGGAAAACUGACAACUAAACCAAAAAUGCACUCUUCGGUUGAGGGAUGCUAGUGUUUCUACAAAACUCCUAUGUUGCACGUAUUUGUUAACGUGAUAAGAGCCUUUGCUGUUAGAAAAUGUACAACUGGUAUUGUUUGGGCGUCAAUAAUUGCCUGUUCAUAUUACUGUUAUGACAAAAUAAGAGAACAGGGGAGUUAUUACUCCUCUGAAUGUUUAAAUAUGUAU